AUGUUAUCUAUUGAUUUUAAGAAGGUUGUUCAAGCUCUGAAGAAAACAGCUAGUUCUGUAAAGACUGAAGAAUCUGAAUUGAAAUUCAAAGUCAAGAGCUCUGAGAGCACCAAUAUUAAAGCUGCAAUUGAAAAGAUGAUUAACAAGUUUAUAAAUUUGAUAUUGGCCAUGAGAGUACAGUCAAAUCAGAUACAAGAGAAUUCUGAUCAUGGUCAAGAAGAAGCUCAAACUAAAGGAAUUUUGACAUGUUUCUCAUGCUUUUACUGUGGAAAAUCUGGACACUGUCAAUCUCAGUAUUAUGAAUACCAAUCUGAUGUGAAUAACAGAAAAUCUGAUUCAGAUAAGAAAUAUGAAUCACUGGAAGAAAGAACAUCAGUUAAUGUUGAAACUAUUGGAGAAGCUAAGAACAGUCAAAAAACUAAGAUUGCAAUACUCUAUACUCAGCAUACUGGACAAUUUAUUACCUAUCAGAAUAAUCAAGCUAGUGUUAAUGAUUAUAUCAUGAAAGAUAUUGAAUCAAUCAAUCAGAAGAAGCCUGAAAUUCAGAACAAGAUUAUGAAGAAACAAAGAUCAAGAUAUUCUGCAACAGAUCAUUUAUUUUCUCAGAUCUGUAAUUCAACAGAUGCUAAUAAAUUAAUGGGUUGA